CCGGAACCUUCCUAAAGAGAACGUCGUUUCCUACCGGAACUGGGCGAUAUCGGACCGGAAGCCUCGGCAUGCGAGAGCGAAUGGUUGUUGACGACGCCAUGAGUUACUCUGACUACGACUCAGACGGAUAUUUGUCAAAUGAAGAUGCCGACUAUGUCCCAUCAGACGAUAACCUCAGUGAGGAUGACAUUAAUGAGUGUGAGAAGGAAGACCCUCUCCAUGAGGAUGACACUGUGCCUCAUCCUGACCUCAAGAAUAAAAAGAAAAGAAAAGACAUCAGCAGGAAGAAGAGGAAAGAAGAGCUAAAGCAGGUAGAGGCUCAGCUGCCGAAGGAAGACAGUGAUGAUGAGGAGAAACGGAAGAAGAAGUCAGAUGAUCUUUGGGCCAGUUUCCUGUCCGAUGUCGGGUCAAGACCCAAAGAUUCUGCACCCAGCUGCCAGUCAGAUUCCACUGAAAAGACUGAAUGUUCAGUGUUAAAGGAGACUUCAUUAAGUACAGAAGCCAAACCAUCAGGACCGGCUAAAGUCACCAUCACUAAAGUGUUUGACUUUGCUGGAGAGGAAGUGAGGGUGGAUAAAGAAGUAUCAGCUGACUCCAGGGAAGCUAAGAGUUAUCUGAAGAGUCAGAGCGCUCACCAGGAGCAAGAUGAAGAAACAAGCUCAUCUCACACACAGUCAUCUCUUCCUGGACCCAGUGCUAAGCGUCCAGCAGGUAUGUCCAGUAUCCUUAAUCGUAUUGGAGGAAAGAAGCAAAAAAUGAGCACACUGGAAAAGUCAAAGAUGGACUGGGAUGCUUUUAAAUCAGAGGAGGGCAUCACAGAGGAGCUGGCUAUCCAUAACAGAGGCAGAGAAGGUUUUGUGGAGCGUAAGAACUUCCUGGAGCGUGUCGACCACCGGCAGUUUGAGCUGGAAAAAGCAGUCCGACUGAGCAACAUGAAACGAUGAGACACUGAUGAACAACAGACCGGCAUGCAGAG